AUGAAGGCUUUCCAAAUCAAAGAACACACCCAUCCUAGCAAAGUAACAAUAUCAGAUAUACCGGUACCUAAGGCUGAUGCUAGUAAAGGACAAGUUCUAGUCGAUGUUCAUUGUGCUGGAUUAAAUUUCUUUGAUAUAUUACAAUCUCAAGGGAAAUAUCAAACUCAACCACCUCUACCUUUCGUCCUGGGAGCUGAAUUAUCAGGAACGAUAUCUGCUUCUUCACCUAUACCAAAAGGUUGUCCAUAUGAUCAUGGAGAUAGAGUAUUCGGUUAUGCACAAGGAAGUUAUGCUGAACAAGUAGUAGUUGAUUGGAGAACUCUGUUACCUAUUCCUGAUCAAUUGAGUUUCCAAGAAGCUGCCACUGUACCUCUAACAACUACGACGAGUUAUGCAGCCUUAGUGGAUCGAGCUCAAGCUCAAGAAGGAGAAUGGGUAUUGGUUCAUGCUGGAGCUGGAGGUGUAGGAUUAUCAGCUUGUCAAAUUGCCAAAGCCCUAGGAUGUAAGGUUAUAGCUACAGCUUCUUCGGAAGACAAAAGAGAUAUCUGCGAAAAGUUAGGUAAAGCAGAUGAUGUUGUUGAUUAUACGAAAAAAGAUUGGCAGAAAGAAGUACUGAGCAUCACUAAAGGUAAAGGUGUAAAUGUAGUUUUUGAUCCAGUUGGAAUGAUCAUACCCUCAUUGAAGUGUGUGGCAUGGAACGCUAGAUUAGUAGUGGUUGGAUUCGCAGCUGGAUCAAUUGAGAAAAUUCCAGCAAAUUUGUUGUUGUUGAAACAAGUUUCAGUCACGGGUGUGUUCUGGGGAGCUACAGCGACCAAAGAUCCAGAAGCGACUCAAAGGAUCGUUAUGGAAGUUUUACAACUUCUGAUGUCAGGCGAAGUGAAGCAAACAAUCUAUGAAAAACCUUAUAUCGGAUUAGAUCAAGUCAGUCAAGGUUUGAAGGAUAUCGAAGAUCGGAAAGUCUGGGGUAAAGCUGUUGUUACCAUCAAAGGAGACGGAAAGGAAAAACGAUCGCAUUCACAAUCACAGAAAGCUAAGUUGUAG